GUUCAGUCUUCUUUGAUUUUCUUGAAAUAUAACUCUUUUGGGCUAUGGAAGAUGAAGAGGGCUACAUGGCAUUAAGCCCCCGGCUCUGUAGUGGAACAUCUAUCCAUUAUGCACAAGCCAAGAGGAGCCAAGAUGUUUCCAAGAGGCUCAUUCACUACAGAAUCUCACUAGGAGUAUUAGGGGCAAUCUGUGCCCUUUUAGGAUCAGCUGUGAUUGUGGUGGUCAUGUUUGGUUUUCAAAGUGGCUGUCAUGAAGGUGAGGCUGAAGCCAUAAACACAAUUGAAGAUGAAGGUGGAACAAUGAAAGGCUUGAAAAGAAUAGAAAUCAGCCCAUCUUCUUCUGAGAUUGUCAUUCACCUGUGUGAACCAUUUACAGAGAAUGCAACAUGUAAGCUUUGUCCAGCCAACUGGAGAGAAGAAAAAGGAACCUGCUACUGGUUUUCAAAGGAGAAAAGGGAUUGGUCUGAGGGCUACAGUGACUGUUCCAUGAAGAGAGCCCAAAUGCUUGUGAUCAAAGACACAGAAGAAAUGAAGUUCAUCUAUGACAGUGUUCAAGAGAAAUAUCCCGUUUGGCUUGGACUUAAUUUUACACCCUCAGUGAAAUCCUGGACUUGGGUAGAUGGAACAACAUUAAAUCAAACCCUGAUCCAGCUACUUCCUGCAGAAGGUGGGGCCAGCUGUGGAGUCAUUAAGAGCAAACCUCGCUCUGAAAUGUGCACUGCUGAAUUUAGGUGGAUUUGUGAAAAAGAAGCCAUUUUGCUCUGACAUGCGACCAGCUUUAAUGUGCUAAUAAAGCACCUUGCCUUUC